AUGGCUGAACAAGAGGUCCAGGUUCUUGGCAAGAAGAGUGGGACAAGGAAAAGGCUCACCUGGCAGAUGCUACAGGAAAUGAAGGAGUCUGGCUGGCAGGGCUUACUCUCCAUUUUGCGCAAGUUGAAAAGUGCGCCGGACCAGGAGGUGAGAAUCCUUCUCCUUGGUUUGGAUAAUGCUGGCAAGACCACUCUGCUGAAGCAGCUCGCCUCUGAAGACAUCAGCCAUAUCACACCUACACAGGGUUUUAACAUCAAAAGUGUACAAUCACAGGGUUUCAAACUGAAUGUAUGGGAUAUUGGUGGACAGAGGAAAAUCAGACCAUACUGGAGGAAUUAUUUUGAAAAUACUGAUAUUCUUAUAUACGUAAUUGACAGUGCAGACAGAAAAAGGUUUGAAGAGACGGGCCAGGAGCUGGCUGAGUUACUGGAGGAAGAGAAGUUGAGCUGUGUGCCGGUGCUCAUCUUCGCGAACAAGCAGGAUCUGCUCACGGCGGCCCCUGCCUCUGAGAUUGCAGAGGGGCUGAACCUGCACACAAUCCGUGACCGCGUCUGGCAGAUCCAGUCCUGCUCAGCACUCACUGGCGAGGGCGUCCAGAUAACCCCUGCCUGCCUCUGUGUGCAGCUCUGGACCUGGAGCUGUAGGUGCUGUGAAAGGAUGGCAUGAACUGGGUCUGCAAAAAUGUCAAUGCAAAAAAGAAAUAAAAUCUAGACAAAUGGAGACACAGGAGCUACGGGAGCCGAAUUCAGUGCCGGAAAACACUGGUUUGCUGCUUUCUGACCAAAUGUUUUUCCAUCUGUGUGCAGCUACAGCUGUUUGAAGAGAGGGAACAACACAGCUUAAAAAGAAUCCCCAUUCCAGCAGUAGAUUUAACUGAUCUCUGAGGUUCAGUAUCAUUUUUCAAAUAAAGGAAUUACAUUAUUUCCUCUGCAUAAUUGAAAUAGUAUUAAAUGUCUCAAAGCACAUGAUUAGAAAAUGAGAUCUUUUAAAUGAGCAAGAGAUUGCAUUGCAGUUUAGACAAUUCCAGU